UGUCAGUGCUCUGCAAAGUACCUGAAAGUGCUUGUUUCUGCACUUACACUGGAAGAGGAAAAACUCGGCAAGAUGACAGAAGAAAACAAACCCUCCAUUUUUGGUGAAGUGGUUUUCCACAUUGUCGACAACAACGAGGAACACCACACUGAUGAAGUCUCACAGGAGCGUCUGGUUGUGAGGCGGGGCCAAAACUUCAAAAUGACUCUGACUCUGAUGCAAUCUUUUGACCCAGAACUUCAGCAGCUCGUCCUCACUGCGAAGACCGGAGGCCAACAUGCCUCAGAGGACAGGGGGACGUUGUCUCGCUUUGGCUAUCCAGACAACAUCAGGCGUUCAUCAUCAGUUAAGGCAGUGUGGAAGGUAGAGCUUCCGACAGGCUUCAGUCUUCCAAGCAAGACAGUCGCUCUGUCUGUUACUCCCCCAGCCGACGCCCCUGUGGGGGAGUACGAGCUGUUUGGGAAACUUCAGGAUGAGGAAAAGUCACUGGGAAAGCUGGUGGUGCUCUUCAACCCCUGGUGCUCCGAGGACUCUGUGCAUUUGUCUGAUGACCUAAAGAGACAGGAGUACAUCCUGAAUGAACAUGGAAUCAUCUUCAAAGGAAGCGCAAACUACAUUUUUCGGGCAAACUGGGACUAUGGGCAGUUUGAGGAGAACAUGGUGGACAUUUGUUUGAAGAUUUUGGACCGCAACCUCAAACACGAUGAGAACCCAGCUGAAGAUGUCGCUUCUCGCUCUGACCCCAUCUACGUCAGUCGUGUGAUCAGCGCCAUGAUCAACUCUGACGAUGACUCCGGUGUCUUGGAGGGACUCUGGGAAUUUCCAUAUACAGGUGGGAAAAGACCCACUCACUGGACUGGCAGCUAUGCAAUCCUUAACAAGUGGCUCCAGAGUGGCUGCAGACCAGUCAAGUAUGGACAGUGCUGGGUGUUCGCUGGAGUCAUGUGCUCAGUGAUGCGUCUGCUGGGCAUCCCCUGCCGCGUGGUCACCAACUUCAAUUCAGCUUGUGAUGACAACAUGAAUUUGAUCAUCGAAACUUACAAGGACGACGACGGAGUCGAUAAGGAGCGUACCAAGGACAGUGUUUGGAACUUCCAUGUCUGGACGGAGGGGUGGAUGAAGCGACCAGACCUGGGAAGCGACGGGGAAUAUGACGGCUGGCAAGCUGUGGAUCCAACACCACAGGAGUUGAGCGAUGGUGUGUACUGCUGCGGCCCAGCCUCAGUCAAAAGCAUCUUAAAUGGACAUACUGAGUUUCAAUACGACGUAGCAUUUAUCUAUGCUGAGGUCAAUGCUGACUACAUUGUCUGGAGGAAAACAAAGAGCGGUGAAAAGAUUCAAUGCAAAUGUGACACCAAGAAAGUCGGGAAGCACAUCUCCACUAAGGCUGUUGGUUCCAGUGAGAGGCUGGACAUCACCAACACAUACAAGUACAAAGAAGGGUCAGAAAAAGAGAGGCAGUGCUUUUUAUAUGCCACCACCAGAGACUAUUCCAAAUGUGAUGAUGAAGAUGAAGGGGAAGAAGAAGAGGAGGAAAUAAUGGAUACGGAAGCUGAAAGUGGAGAAACCGAUGGGGGAGCUGGAAGUGGAGGGAUGGAGGAGGAAACCACCUCACAACCUCCAUCACCACUGACUCUUCGAUUUAAAGAGGUGUCCAGGCUGAUCAACGGUAAGGAUGUGAACCUGAACCUGGUGCUGAAGAGUAAGAGCAGCGACGCCAGGCCACUGUCCAUCCACAUCUCCGUCCAGGCCAUGAACCACAACGGCGUACAAACUGGGAAAAUCCUGACUGAGGACAAGGAGGAGAUGCUGCUGCCCAGAAAAGAUCUGUCCGUCCCCAUCCUGGUCCCGUUCUUGACCUACCAUAAACCCAUGGUGGAGAGCGAGAGCAUGAGGAUUUCAGUCGUGAUCACAGACAAAAAGAACGGAGAACACAAAUACCUGGCUACGCAUGAUGUUGUGCUGCUGAACCCUCCACUCUGCGUCACUGCUCCUGCUCAGGCCAGCCUGAAUACAUUGACCAGUGGAGAAGUGGUUUUUACGAACCCCAUCAAUGCUAUUCUGACAAACUGCACUCUGACACUCUCUGGAUGCGGCCUGUUCAAAGAGGAGGUUGAAAAGAAGAUUGAAGAUCUGAAGCCGAACGACACGAUGUCCAUCAAGUUCGACUUUACUCCCUACAAGAAAGGAGAGAAAACUCUCACUGCUGACUUUGACUGCGACACCUUCAGGGACAUCAAGGCUAUCUGCACUGUCAACGUCAUCGAAUAAAUUCUCAGAAUUGCAGCUAUGUGCUCAGUAGUGAAAUGUUAAAGGCAUUUAUUUCAGUUUCUUCACAGUUAUUUGCAUGCAAUGAUAUUUUUGUUGGCUUCAGAGAUCCACUGUUGCAAGAUUUAAGAAAUCAUUUAGGAUUUAAAUAGAUUCCUGACAUAAAUCUGUGCUGGUUGUAUACUUGAAAAUCAAGCAAACAAACAAACAAACAAACAAAAUAACAAUUAACCCAUGUCCAGCAACUAUAAACUUACAGCAGUGCGUCAGUAUUUACUGCUGCUGUCUUUUUUUCUUGUAUGCUGCUGAGUAUUUGUACUGAAUAAAAGCUUGUGAAUGAA